CUUUCCUGCUGUCACUUUCUUUCAAGUCAAAACCGCAACCGAACCAAAACACGUUUCCGUGUUGUUCGUGCCGAAAUUCGGCCUUUUCAAGUGAUUUUCUUCCGGUAAAUUUGUGCGUAGAUCCCCGACCAUCAUGACUGCCCGUUCCAAAUCCCGGCGGGACAAGAAUAACCGCAUCCGCCGCGCCAAAAACAAGGUCAAAGAGCUGAAAAAACUUAAGAAAACCCUCGGCCUCAUCGACGAAGAUGGGAUGGAUAUUAUGGAAAAAGUGAAGGACAUUACCGAACAGCAAAAGAAGAAGGAGGAAGAGGAAAAAAUCAAGCAGGAAGCAAUGGAAGAAAUUAUACGCAAGGAAACCAACGAGCUCGGCCUGGAGACGGAAGAGUACGUUGAAGUAGAACAUCAGGAAUCAAAAGUAAAACACAAGUACAACGCCAAAACGAAACGCGAUCAGUUCGGACAGUAUCCGGUGUGGUAUAAUGCCCGCAAGGAACGCAGGAAGCAGCUGUUGAUCGAGGGUAAGAUCAAGAAGAAGCGCGGCCGCCCGGGAAGGAAGACGCACUUUAUCGAUGCCACCUGCAAUUGGAGGGGUUCGGUUUGAGUUUCUCGAGCGAUUCAAACACCACUUUCUUUAAUUGUCUUGGCUAAUUAUUUGGUUUAAGUUUAUUCUUACGCGCUAUUUCUGUAAACUGGAGGAAACACUUAUAAAUAAACAAUGUUUCAAAAAAUCAAA